GCGCAAGAUAGAUAGAUAGAUCACUUACACCUAGACUUAGCUCUGUUUCAAUUUACUUGUUUCUCUUCAGAUUCUCUUUCUUUUACCAGUUUGACAGGAAUCAGCAAUACUAUCAUAGAAUAAGCCUUGCCGUCACAAGGUUGAUCGAUAUCCAACAAUCACAAUCAUCAUGUCUGACCAAAAAGUCGUUGUCAUAACAGGCGCUGGGAGAGGCCUCGGAAAUGCUUUGGCCCGGGCAUAUCUCGCACGACCCAACCACACAGUAGUAGGCAGCUAUCGCAACGAGGCCCAGCCGGGCGUGGGCGAGUUAAAGUCGUCACCAAAAGCAGACGGCUCGCGCCUCAUCCUAGUCAAGAUCGAGAGCUCGUCUCCCUCAGAUGCCGCCGAGGCGGUCAAGGCAAUGAAGGCCGAGGGCAUCGAGCACGUCGAUGUCCUCAUCGCCAACGCCGGCGUGAGCCCGCCGCUACAGCCAGUCGAGACCGUCGACCUGAGCAUUCUAAAGAACGCAUUCGACGUCAACGCACUGGGUCCUCUAGCCUUGUACCAGGCCUGUCACGAGCUCCUCAAGAAAUCCAGCAGCCCUAAAUUCGCGCCGAUUUCUAGCGCUGCCGGCACCCUUGGCGGCAUGGAAAAGGGUCACACUUGGGUUGCUCCGUCCUACUGCAUAUCAAAGGCAGCGCUGAACUGGAUCACGCUAGCCGCACAUUGUGGUAAUCCUUGGCUCACCGCCAUAGCUAUCAACCCAGGUUUGAUAGCCACUGAUAUGGGCAACGAGACGGCCAAAUACCUAGGUCUGGAAAAAGCGCCGUGGACGCCUGAGCAAAGCGCCGAGAAAGUAAUGGCCAUUAUCGACGACUCUAGCCGCGAGAAGUACUCCGGCAAGUUCAUAGAUGCCAUUUCCGGCAUCGAGUUCCCGUGGUAAAUUCCGUGCAAAGACUACUAUUUGUCUUGGCCGAUUAUCACGUUGGGCGCUAGGACAGGACAACUGUGCUACUGCGUACAUUUAGCGGCA